AUGUAUGGGAUGGAUGUGGCAAAAACCUCCAGAUUCGUAGCAGACUCGUGCAAGAUUUUUGUCAGUUCAAUUCUCCCCCUCACUGUGUCCACGAAUCUUGCGAGGCUCAAUACUGCAAUUGUCGCUCAUGAACAGCUCGAAAUGAAUUUUUCGACACUGAAAGACCAAACAGAAAAUGAGUUUCAGUUCCUGUACAACAAGAACAAGCUUCUCAAAGCCGAAAACUCGCACCUGAAGUUGCAAUGGAAAGAUGCAGAUGUUUGCAACGCAUCAAAGCGCAAGUCAGCAUUGAAUAUAUUGAAGCAGGUAGAUGACAGUGGGCAGCAAUCUACCAUGAAUGCGAGGGCAGAAAAGGAUGAUCAACAGCGUGCAAGUGAUGAUGCAAUUCAGAGUGCAUACCUUUUGAAACUCGAUGCGCAGGACUUACCAGACUACCCAAUGAGUAUUGGAGAAGGGAAAGAUAAAUGGUGCAAAUAUCCCGCCACAAGGAAAGACAACUUGAUUCUAGUCUGA